UGCCCCACGGCUCCGAACGCGGGGCUGGGCUGCGGGGAGCUGGGGGCACCCAUCCGGCUGGGGCACGGCCCGGGAAGCAGCGUCCUCGUCACCGGGCGAGUUAGUGCGGAAGCUGCAGAGUGGCCCGGGCAAGGCUGCCCUGGCGUUACGGGGCUCAGCUCGCCCCGCGGGCGCGCACGGCAGCAGUGCAGACGCGUUAGACGUGCAGGCGGUCCGUGCCUCUCAGUGCUGGCUACGGGAGAAGGAGAUGUCCCAGGGGACCAGGGGCCCUGCUAGCCCACGCCCCGCAAGUGAUGGCCACGCACACAGGCUGAGGAUACACUUGUGUCCUCCCCCGCGCCCCCACACGUGGGGCUGUGGUGGGCAUCAGUACAUUGGCGGUUGUUUGUGCCCUCCAUGUGUAGGUGCCUGUGGCCAGCCGUCAGCAGGCAGGGCACGGCUGCCCAGCCUGGGCAUUGCCAUGGCCAGCCAGGCUGUGGGGUCCCAGCCAUGCUUGAGGCAGGCAGAGGUCUUACAGUGGGUGGUCGGGAGGAUAUGGUGACCUCACUGGGUGCUGCAUUCAGUGAGGCAGGACAAGCUGGAGCACUCUGCACUGCUGGGAGUGGCCCCUGUGGAAGAACAGUAGCAUGUGUGGCCUUGGACAGGGACAUGCUGCCAGGAAAGCCGUGUCCUGGCACCCCAGGGCAGAGUCCAGCCCUCACCUGCCUCCAGGAUGGCAAAGCCAGGCACUAGGCUAUGUCACACCACGUGUUGGGGUGGUACCCCCUGGGGUGGGCACAUGGUGGUGUGCUUGUGUCACCAGGAAGGGGUGAGCACCAGAGUGGGCACUCAUGGUGUCUCUCCAGAGCUAUUUGAGAGCCCACUGCUGGAAUCAGAUGAAGAACAUCUCCUGCUGGACCCAGGCAACGAGUUGAAGCUGUACUGUGACACCAACCAGAGCGGUGCCAGCGUGGUGUGGUACAAGGAGUCCCGGCCGCUGGUCCCAGGGGGUCGCAUCCGUCUCUGGCAGAGCCUGCUGGAGAUCUCGGAGGUCGCCUAUGAGGACUCGGGGCUCUACGUGUGCCGGGCACAGGGGACUGGGGAGAUCCUGCGCAACUUCACCAUCUCCGUCGUGGACUCCCUGGCGUCGGGUGAUGACGAUGAAGACAGUGAUGGGGAUGGUCCCCACGGAGAGCGGAACGAGGAGCCUGUCUAUGUGCACAGAGCUCCUUACUGGACUCACCCUCACCGGAUGGACAAGAAGCUGUACGCGGUGCCCGCGGGGAACACGGUCAAGUUCCGCUGCCCAGCCUCGGGCAGCCCCAGCCCCAGCAUCCGCUGGUUCAAGAACGGGCGCGAGUUCCGGGGGGAGCACCGCAUUGGGGGCAUCCGGCUCCGGCACCAGCACUGGAGCCUGGUGAUGGAGAGCGUGGUGCCCUCCGACCGCGGCAACUACACCUGCCUGGUGGAGAACAGGUUUGGCAGCAUCCGCUACAGCUACCUCCUGGAUGUGCUGGAGAGGUCCCCGCACAGGCCCAUCCUGCAGGCCGGGCUGCCCGCCAACACCACGGCCCUGGUGGGCAGCGACGUGGAGUUCUUCUGUAAGGUCUACAGUGAUGCCCAACCCCACAUCCAGUGGCUGAAGCACAUCGAGGUGAAUGGCAGCAACUACGGUCCUGACGGGGUCCCCUACGUGCAAGUGCUCAAGACUGCAGACAUCAACAGCUCUGAGGUGGAGGUGCUGUACCUGCGCAAUGUCUCUGUGGAGGAUGCUGGCGAGUACACCUGCCUGGCAGGGAAUUCCAUUGGCCUCUCCUACCAGUCUGCCUGGCUCACUGUCCUGCCAGAGGAGGAGCUGGUGCGAGAAGCCGAAGUGCCUGAGGCCAAGUACACGGACAUCAUCAUCUACACCUCAGGCUCGCUGGCCGUGGCCAUGGCCGUCAUCAUCGUGGUGCUGUGCCGGAUGCAGACUCAAUCGAGCAAGCAGCCCCUGGAGCCCAUGGCUGUCCACAAACUCUCCAAAUUCCCACUCAUUCGGCAGUUCUCCCUGGACUCCAGCUCCUCUGGGAAGUCCAGCACGUCCCUGAUGCGUGUCACCCGUCUCUCCUCCAGCUGCGCCCCGAUGCUGGCCGGGGUCGUGGAGCUUGACCUGCCACUGGAUGCCAAGUGGGAGUUCCCUCGAGACAAGCUGGUGCUGGGCAAGCCCCUGGGGGAAGGCUGCUUUGGCCAGGUGGUGCGGGCAGAGGCUUAUGGUAUCGACAGAGACCGGCCAGACAGAGCUGUCACCGUGGCUGUCAAAAUGCUGAAAGACAACGCCACUGACAAGGACCUGGCAGACCUCAUAUCCGAGAUGGAGAUGAUGAAGCUCAUGGACAAGCACAAAAACAUCAUCAACCUCCUGGGAGUCUGCACGCAGGACGGGCCGCUGUAUGUCAUCGUGGAGUUUGCUGCGAAGGGGAACCUGCGCGAGUACCUCCGCGCCCGCCGGCCCCCCACACCCGACUACGCUUUCGACGUCACGGCCAUGCCCGAGGAACAGCUCUCCUUCAAGGACCUGGUCUCCUGCGUCUACCAGGUGGCCCGUGGCAUGGAGUACCUGGAGUCCAAACGGUGCAUUCACCGUGACCUGGCUGCCCGCAACGUGCUGGUGACAGCUGAGAGCGUGAUGAAGAUCGCAGACUUUGGCCUGGCCAGGGAUGUCCAUGACAUCGACUACUACAAGAAAACCAGCAAUGGUCGCCUGCCAGUGAAGUGGAUGGCGCCUGAGGCCCUGUUCGACCGCGUCUACACCCACCAGAGCGAUGUGUGGUCCUUCGGGAUCCUAAUGUGGGAGAUCUUCACGCUGGGAGGCUCACCCUACCCUGGCAUCCCCGUUGAAGAGCUUUUCAAGCUGCUGAAGGAGGGGCACCGCAUGGACCGGCCGUCCAACUGCACCCAUGAGCUGUACAUGCUGAUGCGGGAGUGUUGGCACGCCGUGCCCUCACAGCGACCCACCUUCAAGCAGCUCGUGGAGGGGCUGGACAAGAUCCUGGCGGCUGUUUCGGAGGAGUACCUGGACCUCUCCAUGCCCUUCGAGCAGUACUCACCCUCCUGUGAGGACACUGCCAGCUCCUGCUCCUCUGACGACUCCGUCUUCACCCACGACCCGCUGCCGCUGGCUCCCCGCCUCUUCUCCUACCCCAGCGUGAGGACUUAAGGGCAGGCAGGGAAGGAUGAUGCUGAGGCUGCCUCUGCCCUCUUGGAAGCGGGUCGGGGUUCUCGCAGGUUCCCAGCUUUGCCAGGUGUGAGCACUGAGCGGGCAGGGCCUGAAGCCACAACACCAGGGCACAGUGUCCAUCUCUCCAGGCUCCAUUUGAGCACUGAGCCUUCAGUCCCGGCUGAGACCUGGCUGGCAUUGCAGGGCAGCAGGAGCCAGUGGCUCUGUGGGGCAGGCACUGCUCAGGAUGCCCACGGCAUCGCCCAGAGAGUCAGGCUUCGGCCAGCGCUUUGUUGGGAGUGUGGGAGCCCCGCUGCCUGGCAGGCUCCUGCUGUGUCUGUACAUAGCCAUAGAGAUUAAUAUUUAUGUACGUGAAAUAUUGACCUGAUAAAUUAUUUUUUUGGAAUAGA